GGACCCAGGCCGCAACGCCCGCCAGCCGCUUCUCCUCUCGGCGCAGGCGCGGCAGCUUGGCCGGAGAGCGGCGCGGUCUCAGAGGGGAGUGGACGCUGCUCGCGAGGAUGGUGCUGGAGAGCGUGGCCCGUAUCGUGAAGGUGCAGCUCCCCGCCUAUCUAAAGCGGCUCCCUGUCCCCGAGAGCAUUACUGGGUUCGCCCGUCUCACAGUUUCAGAAUGGCUUCGGUUAUUGCCUUUCCUUGGUGUACUUGCACUACUUGGCUACCUUGCAGUUCGUCCAUUCCUCCCGAAGAAGAAACAACAGAAGGAUAGCUUGAUUAAUCUUAAAAUACAAAAGGAAAAUCCCAAAGUGGUGAAUGAAAUAAACAUUGAAGAUUUGUGUCUCACUAAAGCAGCUUAUUGUAGGUGUUGGCGUUCUAAGACGUUUCCUGCCUGUGAUGGUUCACAUAAUAAACACAAUGAGUUAACAGGAGAUAAUGUGGGUCCACUAAUACUGAAGAAGAAAGAAGUAUAAUAGUAAUGAAUUAGGAUUGAGUUCAGUUGUGUUCUGUAAAAUCUCCUAAUAAUACUUUUUCAUUCUUUGUGUAUAGAAGAUCUUUCAAAUGGUGGUCUUAAUUAUUGCUAUUGGUUGAGUAAUUAUUUCUACCAAUUCAUUUUCUUGCUACACUACUGUUUAUAUUUGAUACUUUGUAUAUUCAAACAAUCAUUUAUAUAGAAAUUAAAUUGUACAACCCUUUCAUUCUUACUUCAAAGACAUAAUGUUAUUUUCCUAAAUAAAUCAACACUCUUGGUUUUAAUUGAGAAAAAUCUAAGUUUUUGGCAGUGUGUCCAAAGCUAUUCCUUUGAAUAUCAAUAUUUUCAAUAGAAUCUACACUUAGAAAUUUUCUCUGUGCACUAUUAAAUAUAUUGUUUUCCAGUC